AUGUCUCUUUUGGGGACGAUCAACCCCAGUUUCAACCCGGAGUCAGACCAGACGGCCGCGGUUGAGGCCCGGCGCCAUGACCCGGCCGCCAGCGUGAGCUCCGACGACACAGCCCUCGACAAGGUCAACGAAGUCGGCAAUGAGGAGGUCAUUGAAGCCGAGGUCACUCGCCUGGCCCGGCAGUUGACUCGACAGUCGACGCACUACUCUGUUUCCGGCGAGAACACGGAGAACCCCUUCGCGAGUACCAAGGAGGACUCCACAUUGAACCCGGCCAGCCCUAAUUUCAAGGCCAAGAACUGGAUGAAGAACCUGCUGGCUAUCACCUCUCGCGACCCGGAACGCUACCCGCAGCGGAGAGCGGGCGUGGCGUUCAGGAAUCUCAGUGUCCACGGCUUCGGCAGUCCGACAGACUACCAAAAGGAUGUCUUCAACUCUGUUCUGCAGAUUGGAGCGCUGGCCCGUAUGCUUACCGGAACUGGCAAGCAGAAGAUCCAGAUUCUGCGGGAUUUUGAUGGCUUGGUGAAGAGCGGCGAGAUGCUGGUCGUUUUGGGUCGGCCUGGCAGUGGUUGCUCGACUUUCCUGAAGACCCUGACUGGAGAGAUGAACGGAAUUCACAAAGACAAGGAUACCCACAUGAACUAUCAAGGUAUCUCCGACAAGCUGAUGAAAAACCAAUUCCGUGGCGAGGCCAUCUACACGGCCGAGACGGACGUCCAUUUCCCUCAGCUUUCCGUGGGAGACACGCUCAAGUUCGCGGCACUCGCUCGCGCCCCUCGCAACCGGCUACCCGGCAUCACGCGCGAGCAAUACGCUGAACAUAUGCGCGAUGUGGUUAUGGCCAUGCUCGGCCUGACACACACCAUCAACACCAAGGUCGGCAAUGAUUUCGUUCGCGGUGUCAGUGGUGGUGAGCGGAAGCGUGUUAGUAUUGCCGAGGCCACCCUGUGCGGCAGCCCUCUUCAGUGCUGGGAUAACAGUACCCGUGGUCUGGACAGUGCGAACGCACUCGAGUUCUGCAAGACACUCAACCUGAUGACCAAGUAUGCCGGUGCCACGGUUGCAGUGGCCAUCUACCAAGCUUCCCAGAGUGCCUAUGAUGUGUUUGACAAGGUGACCGUGUUGUAUGAGGGUCGCCAGAUCUACUUUGGCCCCACAAAUGAGGCCAAGGAGUUCUUUACUACCAUGGGAUUCGACUGCCCCGAACGUCAGACGACCGCCGAUUUCUUGACUUCUUUGACCAGUCCGGCUGAGCGAAUUGUCAAGCCUGGCUUCGAGAGUCUGGUCCCCCGGACACCCGACGAGUUUGCGGCUGCCUGGAAGAAGAGCGCCGCUUAUAAGAACCUGAUGAAAGAAAUCGAAGAGUACGAGCAGGAGUUCCCUCUCGGAGGCGAAUCAGUGCAGAAGUUCAUCGACUCUCGUCGGGCCAUGCAGGCAAAGAAUCAGCGAGUCAAGUCUCCCUACACUAUGUCUGUCUCGCAGCAGGUCAGUCUCUGUAUGGUGCGAGGAUUCCAGCGUCUGAAGGGUGACGCGAGUUUAACCCUGAGCCAACUCAUCGGCAACACUAUAAUGGCUUUGAUUAUCGGUUCCGUUUUCUAUCAGUUGGAGGACACCACGGACAGUUUUUAUUCUCGUGGUGCUCUUCUAUUCUUUGCGGUCUUGCUCAACGCUUUCGCUAGUGCACUCGAGAUUUUGACCCUCUAUGCGCAACGUCCAAUUGUCGAAAAGCAAGCUCGCUACGCCAUGUAUCACCCGUUUGCUGAAGCAAUAGCGUCCAUGUUGUGUGACAUGCCGUACAAGCUCCUUAACGCCGUCACUUUCAACAUCACGCUCUACUUCAUGACCGGUCUUCGCAAGACUCCCGGUGCCUUCUUUACGUUCCUUCUCUUCUCCAUCAUGACCACCCUGACCAUGUCCAUGAUCUUCCGGACCAUUGCUGCCACCUCGCGUACGCUGUCUCAGGCUCUGGUGCCCGCCGCCAUCCUGAUCCUGGGUCUGAUUAUCUACACCGGUUUCACCAUCCCGACUAUCAACAUGCUUGGCUGGUCCCGAUGGAUGAACUACAUUGACCCGAUUGCGUACGGUUUCGAGUCGCUCAUGGUCAACGAGUUCCACAACCGGGCAUUCACGUGCCUGCCUGAAUCUUUCAUCCCUGCCGGUCCCGGCUACGAGAACGUCGGCCCGGAUAACAAGAUCUGUUCAUCCAAGGGUGCUCGCACAGGUCUCAGCGUUGUGUACGGCGAUGACUAUCUCCAUGACGGCUUUCACUACGACAACAGCCACAAGUGGAGGAACCUGGGUAUCAUGCUUGGCUUCAUGUUCUUCUUCAUGGCCACCUAUCUGAUCGCCACCGAGUACAUCUCCGAGUCCAAGUCCAAGGGCGAGGUUCUGCUCUUCCGUCGCGGACAUGCCCCCGGAAAGCGAUCCGAAGACGAUAUCGAGCAGCCCGAGACCGUGAGCCCGGCCGAGAAGACAGACGAGUCGAGCGGCAAGGAAGUCACUGCCAAUAUCCAAAGGCAGACUGCUGUCUUCCACUGGCAAGACGUAUGCUACGACAUCAAAAUCAAGAAGGAGGAGCGCCGUAUUCUGGAUCACGUCGAUGGCUGGGUUAAGCCGGGUACUUGCACGGCUCUCAUGGGUGUCUCCGGUGCUGGUAAAACCACUCUUCUGGAUGUCCUUGCAACCCGUGUCACCAUGGGUGUCGUCAGCGGCGAGAUGCUUGUCGACGGUCGUCUCCGUGACCAGUCCUUCCAGCGGAAGACAGGUUACGUACAACAGCAGGAUCUUCAUCUCCACACGAGCACCGUCCGCGAGGCUCUUCGCUUCAGUGCUAUUCUCCGCCAGCCGGCCCACUUCUCCCAUCAGGAGAAAGUUGACUACGUGGAGGAGGUUAUUAAGCUGCUUGGCAUGGAGCACUAUGCCGACGCCGUCGUUGGUGUUCCCGGUGAAGGUCUCAACGUUGAACAGCGCAAGCGUCUUACCAUCGGAGUCGAGCUCGCUGCGAAGCCGCAGCUGCUCCUGUUCCUGGACGAGCCCACAUCCGGUCUUGACAGCCAGACUUCUUGGUCCAUUCUCGAUCUAAUUGACACCCUCACCAAGCAUGGCCAAGCCAUCCUCUGCACCAUCCAUCAGCCCAGCGCCAUGCUCUUUCAGCGGUUUGAUCGUCUCCUCUUCCUCGCCAAGGGUGGUAAGACCGUCUACUUUGGUGAGAUCGGCGAGAGGUCCUCUAUCUUGGCCAACUACUUCGAGAAGAACGGCGCACCCAAGCUGUCAUCCGAGGCUAACCCGGCCGAAUGGAUGCUUGAGGUCAUCGGUGCCGCCCCCGGAUCCCACAGCGACAUCGACUGGCCUGCUGUCUGGCGCGAGAGCCCCGAACGCCAAGGAGUGCUGGCGCACCUCGCAGAGCUGAAAUCGACCCUCUCCCAGAAACCCCAGGAGACAACCAGCGACGACCCGGACAGUUUCAAGGAAUUCGCCGCUCCUUUCUCCGUGCAGCUAUAUGAGUGUCUGGUCCGUGUCUUCGCGCAGUACUGGCGCACGCCGGUCUACAUCUACUCCAAGGCGGCGCUGUGUGUCCUGACCGCAAUGUACAUCGGAUUCUCCUUCUUCCAGGCACAAAACAGUAUCCAAGGUCUCCAGAACCAGAUGUUCAGUAUCUUCAUGCUGAUGACCAUUUUCGGCAAUUUGGUGCAGCAGAUCAUGCCGCACUUCGUGACGCAGCGCUCCCUGUACGAGGUGCGCGAGCGGCCGUCCAAGGCAUACUCGUGGAAGUCAUUCAUGGCAGCCAACAUCCUCGUUGAACUUCCCUGGAACACGCUCAUGGCCUUCCUCAUCUUCGUCUGCUGGUACUAUCCGAUCGGUCUCUACCGCAACGCCGAACCCACCGGCGCAGUGCACGAGCGCGGCGCGCUGAUGUUUCUGCUCAUCUGGACCUUCCUACUCUUCACCUCGACCUUCGCACACAUGAUGAUCGCCGGUAUCGAGCUCGCCGAGACAGGUGGUAACCUGGCCAAUCUGCUCUUCUCGCUGUGUCUGAUCUUCUGCGGUGUCCUCGCCACUCCACAACAGAUGCCCGGCUUCUGGAUCUUCAUGUACCGCGUCUCGCCAUUCACCUAUCUGGUCUCGGCUAUGCUCUCCACGGGUGUAUCAGGCACUGAAGCCGUGUGCGAGCCCAUCGAGUUCUUGAAAUUCAAGCCGCUCCCCAACGAGACUUGCUACCAGUACAUGGAGCCGUGGAUGAAGGUUGCCGGUGGUUAUCUCAAGGAUAAAAACGCUACGGAUGAGUGCUCCUUCUGCACCAUCUCUUCCACGGACACUUUCCUCGGUUCCGUGGGGAGCUACUACAAAGAUGCAUGGCGCAACUUUGGAUUCAUGUGGAUCUACAUCGUUGCUAACGUCUUCCUGGCCGUGUUUAUCUACUGGCUGGCCCGUGUGCCCAAGGGAAGCCGCAACAAGAGCAAGAAGAGCUCUGCCUAA